AUGCCCCGGGCCAAGGACAGCAACGUGGAAGCCAUCGUCAUCGCCGGCGAGGCCAUGGGCGAAAAGACCAACGUCUUCACGAAUGUCCCUAUCACAUAUGGGCACUUCACCCUCACCGGCCCCGCCACGCACUUCCACCCCCUUGCCGUCCACCACAACGACUUUGUGUACGUGAUCGAGUCGGGUCGGCGGCGAGUCUGUGGAGGCCCACUCGGUGGUCCAGAAAGUAUCAAGCUCCAGUGCUCGACGAACGGAGCUCGAGAACGGCCAAGGUGGAAACAACAACCUGUUGAAAUUCUCAAAGUGCUCCAUAAAAUGUCAUUGGCUGACGUAUCGACCAAUCACACCAUUGUCGGAUGA